AUGCUGUCACCCACGGCAGUGGUGGCAGCGCAGCUGGAUGCAUUGCAGAUGAACGACUGGCCGGAUACAGACUCGGGCAUCAGGACAGCCUUCCUCUUCAGCAAGCCCUAUGACUGUGAGAACAUGAUUGCCGGCCGGGCGAUAUCAAAUGUUGUCUUUCCAAGCAGUAGGAGCGGAAACAAAGCAGUGCAGGCUAUCGAGGUCAUGGCGACGCAGAAGAAGGGUGAAGAGAUAUUGCGGCCAUAUGUCUUCACUUUCUGCCUGGAGCGAGUCGAUGUUGGACCCUACAAGGGAUGUUGGAUGACAGUGGGCUUGAGAUGCGGGAACUACAGCAAAUAA